CCAGCAGGCGGAGCUCACGCGGAGCACCUGCAUGUCGCAGUGGAGGGCGGGUGCGGUCCAGGCCUGGCUGGAGGUGGUCAUGGGGAUGCCCAUGUACACCCGGGCCUGCGCUGAGAACGUCAAGAGUGGCAAGGUGCUGCUCGGACUGACCGAUGAGGAUCUAGAGCUGGGUCUGGGCAUCACGAACCCAAUGCAUCGGAGGAAGCUGAGACUGGCCAUCGAGGAUUAUAGGAGAGCGGAGGGAGAUCAAGGAUUAUCAAAAGCGUCUGAACUGGACCAUCACUGGGUUUCCACGUCGUGGCUGAGUGACGUGGGCCUGCCUCAGUACUCGCAGACCUUCCAGGCUCACUUGGUGGACGGACGCGUCCUCAACUCUCUGAGCCGCCGAGACCUGGAGAGGUUCCUCAGCAUCAGCGACCACUUCCACCAGACCAGCAUCCUCCUGGCAGUCCAGCUGCUGCAGAUGCUCAGCUUCGAUAAAGAGGCCCUGCAGGCACGACGGACAAACUGCGAGCACCAGGACUGGGACCCCCUUGUUUGGACGUGUCACAGAGUGAUGAAGUGGAUCAGAGACAUAGAUCUGAAGGAGUAUGCAGACAGCCUCCAGGGUCAGGGCAUCCACGGAGCGGUGAUGGCUCUGGAUCCGUCCUUCGACACCGAUGCCAUGGCCAAAGCCCUGGGGAUCCCCGGCAACAAGCACAUGCUGCACCGGCACCUGUACGAAGAGAUGAAGCUGCUCGCGGCUCCUCAUAGCAAUGCAGAGCAAAGCCACGAGGUCAUCGGCUCCCCUUCACCUGUGGCUGUGAACCGUUUCACCGAAGGCAGGGUCUCGAUGAGAAGGACAGGAAAGAGUCCUCUGCUGUUGCGCGCCAACAGCCCCUCCGUGGAGCGGAGUCUGGGCUUCCACGGCAGCUGCGGGUCUCUGCCCAGAGAGGCCAGGGUGCAGGCCGUCCCGCGGGCCAAGGGCAGCCCCGUGCACACCUACAAGAGCGUGGAGAUCACCAACGUGUGAGGGGGCUCCGGCGCCGCCCGUCGCACGCCGUCUGCUUCGCUGCUGAGGGGAGCCCGCGCUCCGGGCAACCGCAGGACGCAGCAUCCGAGCUGUUCUUCAAGGUGGUGGAACUGUGAAUGCAGAGUUAACGGCGGUUUGUUUCUCGCGCGCGAGAGGACUGAACAAUACCAGUGCUGUUCUCGUGCGAGGCCUUACGUGAAAUAUGCCAUAGGUUUAUACAGCACGUGAAAAAUGUGAGAAUAAAGCUAAUGGGGGGGUUAACACCAAACAAAGAUCUUUAAUAAGCUUGUUUGUUAGUUUUUCAUACAGUAAAUGCUGAUUAAAAAUCAUCUUCCAGUGUGUUGUGGAAAUAAAAUAAUGUACGUUGUUGCUUAAACCACAUCAAAAGUAAUAAAAUGCUCUUCACCUGUUUAUACUGUAAAAGCACUGAACUAGACCACACUGUUACGUCAUGAUGAAAUCAAUGUAUAGAAUGUAAUGGUAUAUUUUGUACAGAUAGUGUUUUUCUCAUGACGCACUAAUGUGUAACGUGUGCAUGGGAACACUUCUACGAUGAAACGCACUGGGAGCAGGCGAAGCUUACGAACGAAGGCACAAACAGGUUUCUCCGUCGGUUUCUGGGCGUCUCCUCUCGAGUGGGAGCGGCGCUAGUUCCAACCUGCGCGGAGGCCGAGAAGCGGCGACGCCUGAGUCAUCGGAACAGUUACUGCUAUAAUCAGCUGUCACCGCUUUCCACGCAUAUGCCAACAGGUUGAAUCCUUAUACGUCUAAUGCAUUAAAGCUCAUGUUAACACGGAGUCUGUAUGGGAGGUUAUAUCUGGUAUAUUUUCAUGCAACUUUUUAUUUAUUGAUUGAUUGAUUGGUUGAUUGAUUGAAGGGGGCUUUUGUGCGGAGCUGCGCAUGUGCUCCUUGUGCCCACGUGGUUGUUGGAAUGAAUAUGGAAUGUGAUGGUUUUGCCUUGAAAGGCUUCGGGUUAAUUAAACGUCUGAACUGUG